AGGCUGGCAGGACCCUGACCCCAAGAUGGCGGCGCCCAGCGAAGUGGCCGCGGCUGCCUCCGGCGAGAAUGAUGGCGGGGGCAGCGGCUUUGGGUCGUGGCUGGACGGACGGUUGGAGGCGCUGGGAGUGGACCGAGCCGUUUACGGCGCCUACAUCCUGGGUGUCCUGCAGGAGGAGGAGGAAGAGGAGAGGCUGGAUGCUCUGCAGGGGAUCCUCUCUGCUUUCUUGGAGGAAGAUUCUCUUCUUCACAUCUGCAAGGAGAUUGUGGAACGAUGGUCGGAAAGUCAGAAUGUUGUCACCAAAGUGAAAAAAGAAGAUGAGGUACAGGCCAUUGCCACCCUAAUUGAGAAGCAGGCACAGAUUGUGGUGAAGCCCAGGAUGGUGUCAGAAGAAGAGAAACAGAGAAAAGCUGCCCUCCUGGCCCAGUAUGCUGAUGUGACAGAUGAAGAAGACGAAGCAGAUGAGAAGGAUGAUUCAGGCGCCACCACAAUGAACAUUGGUUCUGAUAAAUCUCUGUUCCGAAACACCAAUGUGGAAGAUGUCCUCAAUGCCCGAAAACUGGAACGAGACUCACUUCGGGAUGAGUCCCAAAGGAAGAAGGAACAGGACAAGCUGCAGAGGGAGAGGGACAAACUAGCCAAGCAGGAGCGCAAGGAAAAGGAAAAGAAAAGGACACAAAGAGGGGAGCGGAAGCGAUAACCUUGGUCCACUCUGUUCUUUCUCCUCAUGGACUUGAUCAAAGGGAGAGCUGAUUGUGCACAUGUGUAUUUAAGAGAAAUGAGAGAACAUUGCAGAGUGCUUUUGUCCCUUUUGUUUACAUGGUCAAAAGGAAAAUCACAAACACUUCUAAUUACAAAAUGUGCCAUGUCUGUGUGGUGUGGGUAAUCAGAUUAUUGUAGUUGAUGUCUGUACCAAAGAUCUGGAAUGGCGGCAACUUUUAUAUUUUAAUCUUGAAGUUCUGGCUCCUUUUGGCUACUUAAAAAGUCUUCCCUUACCUAGGAUCGAUAACAGAAAUAUUCAGAAAGCUGACAGUUACAGUUUUCAUCCUAAAGGAGCAGAAUCAUGACCACUCCUUUCCCGAGAUGAAAUGUGGGAGCAUAAAGUACUAUUUGAAAGUACUAUUUACUCCUAAAUGUAUUGUUUUAUGGAUGAAAUAGAAAACUAAUGAAGAGCCCUACCUGGGUCUAGAUAUUAUGUUAACAUGGCAAUGACCCAUGAAAAUGGAAGAAAUUAUGUGGUGGAUGUUCUAGAUUUGAGGGGAAAACAAUUUUUUUUAAGUUUCAGCUUAUGGGAGGAAAAGGAGUAUCUUUUUAAGUGUAGUCACAUAUUUUUUUCCUCAUCAAGGCUGCAGUUUUGAAGAAGGAUGUGUAUUGGGUGGAAGGAGAUCAUUGUUAGCUAGAUUCAUUUUUUAUAAUCAUGUGUCCUCUUGAGCACUAGUAGAGAUUUUAAUCCUGAUGUGCCCUAAAACAUGAGUAUAAAGACCUGAUAAUUACAGGUUGAGAGAAACUGCAGGAACCAUGCAUUUAAGGAACAAACACUGGAAAUCUCUGCGAACACAAAGAUAUUUAGGAGUGUACGUUGUGGGUGCUCAACAAAUUUAUUGAAUGAAUGGAGAAACCAGGAGAGUCAAAAGUGAGCGGGAACUCUGUUUCUACUUUGGUCACAAGCCACAUUCAGUUGUAAAUACGGCCUUUCUCUACUUCAGGCAGUGGACUGUCAAGAAGCCUGAAGGGAGGCAUCUCCCUGACAAGACAAAGUAGGUAUUUUAUACCUGAGGUUGGCAAACUACUGCAGACAAGCAAAUUUGGCCCAGUCUGUUUUUAUAUAAUGCGAGUCAACAGUGAAUAUUGCAUUCUUAAAGUGUUGUAAAAGAAGAAACAUGUGAUAAAACUUUAGGCCUGUGAAGCCUAAAAUAUUUACUGUCUGGUCCUUCAGAGAAAAUGUUUGCUGACCUCUGUUUUGUACUAUUAACUAUGAGGUUAACAAAAAUUUUUACCUUUGUGCAGAAGGUAAAAAGAAGCAUGGUUAAGGAAAAGAUAUGUCACCUCUAUACACUCCUAUAAGCGUGGCAUUGCAUUUUAAAAAAGUAACCACCUUUUAAAAAAAUAAACUAUUUAAAUCACUGUUUUCUGAUUUAUCCUGAUUCCUUCCAGCUAUCCAUGGAAAUGAAUUGUGUGAAUAGUCACUUAGGAAUGUGAUGAAUUUUGCUCUGUAUUUUAUUUUGUUUAGUCCAAUAUGCUCUUUUAAUAGUAGAACCUUUUCCUAGAAUCAAAUUCUCUGCCUCAGUUUUCUUUUCUGUGAGGUUAGGUAUUAGGAGAUCAGAAAGAUUACUGUGUUUUUUUGUUAAGUCAGUAAAUUGACUUUGAAAGCCUUGGAAGUACUUUGGGAGUCUUAGUCCUCUGUGGCAGCAGCAAUAGGCUGUGGCCACAGAUAGGGUAUGAGGGAGCCAACUUUAUUAACCCUUAUUUUGGAUUUUUGGUUUAUUCUCACUUUGAUUUUGGUCUCUGCAGCAGAGUCAGGUUAUAUCCAUGAAUCCCUGAAGAGUACUUGCAAUUAUGUAUUUUCUAUUAUGUAUUCUACAGUUAGGCAUAUCCUGAGCUAAUGUUUAAGAAAAAAGGAUCAGCUCCCUAGACUUUGAGUAAGGUUAGCCACUUAAUUCAGGUGCUGAGAAAUCCUUUAUGUCUAAAAUGUUCAAUAUUGCAAAGGGCAAAUUUUAAACAACUGUAUCUUUUAUAGUGUGAUUGACAUUUUAAGCCAAAAUCAGAAUUUCAGUCAUAACAUUAAUUCCCAACCCUCUAAAACUUUAUAAAGUAGCGGAUGGUUCAAGUGGAAGGACACUGAUAUAAUUCAAGGUAGUCUUCAACCACUUUUGUAUAAAUUGCUUUGUUUAUUAAAAGAAAUGGAGUACACCAAAUUCUUUUGGAUGAGAAAUAACGGGAACAUCAGUUUCAUUACAGAUUAUGUGUGAUGUUAAUUUUAUGUUCUUAUAGAUUGUAAUUCAGAAGUACUGUAUAUAAGAACCAUCCAUUAGAGAGUAUACCUAUAGAAGGGGAUAACCAACUAAUUUGAGAAUUAUCUGCAGGGUGAUGUGAUUAACAAAAUCUCAAAUAAUUUUUGUUUGGUUUUUA